AUGGAGAAUCCACAUUAUGUACCUAAAAUUUUGGAUCCAGCUAACGAUGGUGCAAAAGUAAGUGCCGCCGAUGUGAAAAAUGUUACAGAUGAUGUCGAGGAUGAUUGCGAUGAGGACAUGAUAUUUGAAGAGGACGAUGAAGAGUUUGAAGGAUACCUCUUCGCAGGCCAAGAUGAUGACACCGAAGAGGAAGUUGUACUCAACGAUGCAGAUGAUGACUCUGGUUCUAUCCCAGAUGUAUUAGAUUCGUAUGACGCAGUGUAUGCAAAUAUGCCUGAGGAUACCCACAUGAUGGAGCCUGUUGUGAACUGCCCACACUGCAACGCAAAGAAGUUUGAGUCCGAGACCCCCGGAUUCUGCUGCCGCGGCGGGGAGAUUAAGCUAUCCACACCUGAUACACCACCCGAGCUCAUGAGGCUGUGGUCAAGUUCAUAUGCUUAUGCUAGGCACUUUCGUGCAAACAGCAGAUAUUUCAAUGGGCAUUUCUCAUUCACUUCACUAUAUUGUCAGCUCGAUUGUAUCGCCACCAAUAUGAGGACCGCUGGGGUAUACACGUUUCGUGCGCAUGGCAAAAUAUACCAUAACCUUAGAUCGUUUGGUAGAGAAGAUGGUACGGAACCUAGACACUUGGAACUUUACUUCUACGACGACGACCCCAGCCUUGAGUAUCGGUUCCACAAGUGCCGGCAGAAGUGCAAAGAGAUGGACAAGGAGGUGAUUCGAAAGUUGGUCGACAUCAUGCGUGAUAACCCGUACUCUGAACAUCUCAGGAGUUUUGGGCAGAAUGAGAAUCUUGAUGACUAUCACGUGGAGUUGAACCUUGAUCACCGGUUAGACCAGAGAACAUAUAACCCGUCGCUGACAAAGUGGCUGCUAUAUGGAUAG